AUGCCUAACAGGCCGCGCGAAGGCUACAGAUAUUCACUCUCUGACACAUCAAAACCAUCCACACGUAGCACAUCCACCUUCGUCAAGCUGUCCGGCCAGCCGAAUGCACACCGAUUAGGAAAGGACUCCUUUUAUGUGCUGAUGGACAUUGGCGAAAAUCAGGCAGAUUGUGAUGCUCCACUGGCGCGACAGAAAGGUGGCAAAACUGUGUCAGGCGUUGGACCCAAUGCAUUUGGUGGCAACAAUGGUUCCGGCAUUCGGCUGAAUAGCCAGGCUCAGUCAAGAUUCUCCCACAAUCGGCUUAUCAGGAAGCGGCACAUAUCAUUGCCAAGCGCUGGCAUCCACCCUAUCCUCGAGCCUUGUACUGCCGCCAGUUCAGGGUCUCGAAUCGAGUCCGUCUCUGCGGCUUGUCAAGUGAUGCCGGCCAUUGGGCGGGGAUCCCGUACCCAAGCCUCAAGACAUUUCUCCUCAAGACCCUCGUCAAAGUGCAGUAGCAACGUGGAACCUUGCAGCACUGCCAGGCUUUCUGGAGGACUAAGAACAAACAGUCACUCCACCUCCACCCUGGCUUCAGCCAUUACAUCAAUUCAUGCGCCGAAGAGUGUUGCUCUUAGUGACUUAGUAUCUAUGGCAGGACGAGUCACGACAGCUGUCCCACCCUGUGAACUCAUACCUGGUAGAGUGGAGACGGCCUCUGGUCCAGGAGAGUGGAGUUGCCUCACUUCUGGUCAUUUACAAGACGGUCCAAUUCUACACAAGUCGGAUAAGUCUGUUGACAACCCAUACCGCAAAGCCCAAUCUGUACGCCAGCCGGCUGGUGUCGCAGCCGUAGAGCAUGACAAUGAACGCCUUAACCCGCCCAGUGAUUCCGGUUGUCUGGCGUCUGGAAGAGCCAAUUCCGAAAUGCCCGAUAAUCUUGGUGACUUUGCCGAGGAUAGCGUCAACAAUGUGGCAAUUGGCGUCGACAGUGAAACUGGACAUAAGCACCUGCAAUUCGGAGCCUCUGCAUUUCUCAUGAUGAAGCUGAAACGCAUCACACGCCGCAUUCGUCAUCACAUGGUACAGACGGCGGUGCUGUCACACGAUGACUGGUCGACUGCAUUUCCGUUGGCCGCCUCUCGUGGCCUCCUCUUUUCUGACCUCUCUUCCGCCUCGUCACCCUAUUCCCACUCCGUUCCGGGAUUUUCAAGCAUCGGCCAUCUUAACAUGUCUGCCACCAGUGCCACAGCAUAUCCAGCCCUCACUUCGGCCCAUCGGACCAGCCGCCUCUCUUCAGCCUCUCUUCAGCAACCGUACGGCCACCUACACAACCUAGGCAACUACCAGAAUUUAGCUGCAGUUGAGGCCUGUGUCCAGCAAGACCACACUGCCUCAAACCCUCAGACGAGCCUACCUUCUAGCCAGUCCAUUUCAACUAGCAUCAGUACCAUCAGUAGCCGACAGUAUUUUCCCCUGACAGACAUCGUUUCUGGUACAGGCAGCAAUGACAAUGUUGGCUUAAGUGAGGAUGUCUCUCCUUCAGUAGACGAACUGUCCUACACAGUCCAGCUGGAAAUGACUGAUCCACCCCUUGCUGGCAUCUUCCACGACAACAACAGUAACGGUAACAACAACGGGACUACCAAGUCUGAGUUAAUGAGUAACAGCACCACAGAUGUCACCCAAGAGGGAUCUUCCUCAAAUAGGCUACCUCGCCGAGUCCAAAGGCCUAAUAAUUACAGAAAGCUUCGGCACAGUUUCUCCAUUGAACAGGAUGUUGUGUCUCCUAGAUUUUAUUCUUCACCUAGUCCUGUUGCCAAGGCAACUCGUCCACUCACCACUUCGCUGUUGGGGCCGUCCCGGAGCCUCGAGAAGCAGGCCAGUACAUCCUCUACCCCUUUGACUGCCUACAAGAUAGCCAUAGACCCGGCCAAGUCGAGCGACGCUGCUGCAGCUUUUAUAAAAGUGGCGAAUCCUGGCUUCAGCCUUAAACCUGUCGGUAGACCGGUUGUGGGUCAUGACAACCAGCAGGAAUCAAGUUUGGCCGUGAAUUCUGGCGAGCAAGGCAGAUCAAGAAUGCGUACGCUGCGUAAGCGUGUAUCGUUUGAGGAGCAUCAUCCUCGUCUGUUGCUUAUGCCGCCGACUGAUGCCAGUGAAGCUGAAGUCUCUAGCUCUCACAACAAGCCACACUCCUUUGGACAGUUAAGUAAGCCAAUGGGCAAUAGUCCAUCAAGCUCUGCGUCCGUGGAACUCGCAGAGCCUACCACGUCAUGCAGACUGAUGGGCUAUUCUGCAUCUUCUCCACCUGCCUUGACAACAGGCUAUCUGCCCACAUGCUCUUUAUUGCAGAGAAAAAAGGAAAAAGGUCAACUUGUCAAAUCUGGUUCCAAACUUGCCGGCCGCUCUGCUGCCCCCAUUAUGUGCAUCACGUCUCCGUGUGGGAUAGCAUUUUCGAAUCUUCCCAAUGCCACAUCGUUGUCACUAGAGCAUGCCGCGAAAAAGGUGGAUGACAAAUCAGUCCUGGAUGUGGAAUACGAUGAGCGUGGCCAAACAUGGGAGGUGUAUGGAGCCGAGGCCGAUCCCGAGAUACUGGGUCAGGCGAUUCAGCACCAUCUUGACCUCUUGAUGCAGGCCAGGGCUACGAGAUCAGUCAAAAUGCUAGACGGAAAAUCCCACCGAGCAAGUACCAUCGACCACAGCCUAUUGGUGGAGCAGGCAGAUGCUACACCGACGCGACAAUCUAGGGCGUUAGUUAAGGCUUGUCGACGUGACACAAGCCCCUCGGACGGUUCAGAGCUUGGAUUAGUCGCGAGUGAAAUGACUCGGAUUCGGAAGUCCCGUUAUCCACGCCAGCAGUCGGUGGGACGUUGUCACUCUGCUGGGGACGUUAAGCUACUCGAGCAGGGCUUGUUGGCAGAUGGAAGCGGAGAAGGCGUAUCCGAAGAUGCUGAGGCCCGCGUUGGCUCCAACCUGAAACGUUUGCUGGAAAGGGUAUUCAGGCCAGCGUGGAGGCGCCGUCUGACCCGUCAGGAUCGUCUCGUGUCAGAGCAGACGAGUAUCGAAACUGUAGGGCCGCAAGACCAAGUGCACUUGGAUGUGGAGCCACAGUCUGGCGACCAUGAGGACGUGGUCCGGCCUUCCAGGCGGAAGCAAGACAGGCAUCAACAAACGAAAUGUCAAGUGAAAGAACAAAUCUCCAAAGUUGCUGAUGAUGCUGGCCUACUUCUAAGAGAGCACCACAGUGAUGAAGUGGGGCUUCAGGAGGAAAGCUCAAGUAUCGAGGCAGAGAAGAGCUUACAGAUUUAUGGUAGCAAAUUGGACGGUAUUUUUUUCGAAAAUAUUUGCCGGGAAAAAAUUCCUUGUCCCUCAAACUCCAUAGGCCCAGCUGCGGCUCAGGCGACUAGAUCGGAAAUACAACAAAGAGUCUGCUGUCUCGUGCAACCUUAA